CGCUUCCAGUGAAAAUCCCGGGUGGAAAUACUUAAGAAGGCAACAAGUAUGCUCUUCAUUAUGAAUGUAAUCAAAUUAACGCAAUCAGUCUGUUGUUUUGGAGGAUAAGGUACUUUCUUUCAGUUUCUUUAUCGAUCAAACUCGGAAUUUUUCGUCUCAAGAUAGCAUGCGCAAAGUAACGUAGAACAAUCUAAGACAAAAUGUUGGAUAACAAAUAAAACGAUAGCACUCGGAAGGAUACAUUUGAGCACACAAGGUAAAAUAAGAGAACCUAAGUGUAAGAGACGAGUAGGGUAAAAUAAGCACACAAGACUAUUUUAAAACAUAACGGCAUAUUGGAUUACACAAAUAUGGAUACACCAACACUGGCGCAAAAUGUCACGACGACGACGACGUUAUUAGAAGAUGCAGUCAUGGAUAACAUUACAUAUGGCAAUCAAACAUCGAUUACUAAUACAUUCAAUGUUCCAAUCGAACGCUUGGUGCCAAUUACAUCUGUUCUUUUCGUAAUCUCAACAAUAUUAAACUUUGUUUCGAUUGCGGCAAUCAUCUCUGCGCCAGAAAAACAUACUGGAAAGCACAUUCUGUUCUUAAAUCUAGCAAUUGCAGAUACUCUAGGGGCGUUCUCUUGCUAUUUAGAUACAAUUUACUACAUGAAUUUUUAUUGGAACCAUAAUUCAAACGUAACUAUUAACUUUGUGUUGGCUAUAGUUCAAAGACAGCUGUUUGUACUCUUCUACCUUGCCUCAGCCCUAACAUUACUCGUCUUCGUAAGCCUUAGGCAUAUCGCUAUUUGUCGACCCACCAAGUUCAACAUUGUUGGCACAUCUUAUCGCAUAAGGAUCUAUGUCGUGUGUAUAUGGAUAACAUCGGUGAUACUCAGUCUACCGCCGUAUUGUCACAUACUGGAAAUGUAUCACCCAGUUUCUGUUCAUACACGGGUUCUCUGUGAUUCUUGGAAUUUCAUCUGGCCGGGCGUUCUGCUCUUUACAUUUGUAAUCAUCAUGGGACUUUACAUUAGCAUUAGCCUGCGUCUACGCCAAAGAUCUCAACGACUUCGGAACGAACAUCAAUUGGAAGAGAACUGCGUUGCUUUGGUGACGACAGUUAUCCUCAUGACAACGCUCAUAUUAUCUCUACUCCCAUACAUUCUUAUUCGCUUAUUAAACUAUUCAAAUGUGCAUUUUAAAUUUGUUAACCUAAAUUUUGCGAUUUACAUUCCUUACCUGAACUUUAUCACGGAUCCUCUUAUUUACGGAAGGAGAACAAAAAGCAUCAGGGAAGGUUACUCGUUGAUAGCAAAACGUUUACGUUGUUACGUCAGAGAAACGUAUCAACACGUCAAUGGUAAGCACGUUAGCGUUACAGAAGAGACGGUAUUGUAGCUGUUCAAGACAUGUAUAUUUGGUGUAAAUAGUAGAGAGGUUAAGUGACACGUUUUAAAGAUAACCUGUUCGUGAGCGUGUAAUAUUAUGUCCCCCGGGUAUUACUGUGUCACGCUCUCAAUUCACUUUUCCAGGGACCCAAUUACAAUUAUUUGCCGUAUGCCUUUAUAUUCAGUCGACCAUACUAAACACUAUACAUGGGAGAAAUAAUCCACAGAAGACCCUAAUUCUUCACGUUCACGUACAAGUUCUAAAAAUACGUGUGUCUUAACAUGUAGUAUGAUAUCGCACGUCAAUCACAAUUUAUGGAGCCGAAAGCGUUGGGUUGACAAUGCGACUGUAUUUCAGGAGUUAAAUAUUAAUUAAUGAGUACGGAUAAAUGUCAUUCAUUGACGGUGACAUUGGUAAUCUGAUUGGUCCAUUUGACAUAGACAUAC